AUGAACUGCCCCCUCCCUGGGCUCUUAAGUACCAUCGACAUCACGAGACUUAGAGUGAGGCAACCGGGAGCUCAGAACGGCAGACGCAGGGAAGCAGCACGGGAAUGGCUCACUGUGGGAAUGGGAUGGGAAGUUUGUGAUGUGAAGAGUAAGUUUGUAGAGGGAUUUUUGCAGCUGACAAAAACAUCGGUCCGGAGAGGAGCUGGAGGACACGGGAGGCGCAGCCAGGCCAGAGGAGCGCGCAGCCAGGCCAGAGGAGCGCGCAGCCAGGCCGGAGGAGAGGGCAGCCAGGCCAGAGGAGCGCGCAGCCAGGCCAGAGGAGCGCGCAGCCAGGCCGGAGGAGAGGGCAGCCAGGCCAGAGGAGCGCGCAGCCAGGCCAGAGGAGCGCAAAGCCAGGCCGGAGGAGAGCGCAGCCAGGCCGGAGGAGCGCGCAGUCAGGCCGGAGGAGCGCGGAGAGAGCAGGGAAGCUUCUUUGAUGGGGUGCGUCCUGGGCUCCGACUGGUGCGGGGAGGAGGAGGUGCUGGUGACCCCCGUGGUGCGCAGCUCGUCCCUGAAGAGAAGGAGCGUGGAGAGGAGCGAAAGUGGAAGGAUGAGGAUGAUGAAACGUUUAAGGCGCACCUGUUUACCUGUGUGGUCAGGGAGUACUUCCGUGUGCAGCAGGACCCCAGGCAGGACCCCAGGCAGGACCCCAGGCAGGACCCCAGGCUGAACCCCAAGCAGGACCCCAGGCAGGACCCCAGGCAGGACCCCAGGCUGAACCCCAAGCAGGACCCCAGGCCAGACCCCUGA